UUUUAUUUAAAAAGCAUCUCCGUCAAAAUACUUUAAUAAAAAAGUAACCUCUUUUUUAUUUUUUUAAUAAUAUUAUUCCAUUCCGCUCAUUUCACAAACAAAACUAAUUUUAAUGACCAAAGAAACAAAUCAACAUAAUUCUAAUAAUGUUCAAGUGGCCGUUCGAAUUCGACCUUUGACUGAUCGAGAUAGAGCACGAUCACGAUUUGCAAAUCUUGCUAAUGACGAUGCUCUCAAGAUUCAUUCUAAAACAAUUCAAGUCGUACCACAAAAUAAGUUAUUUACAUUUGAUUAUGUUUUUGGGACUGAUAGUACACAAAACGAGAUUUUCUCAGUAUUGGGUAAUCAAUUAAUUCGCAAAUUUAUUGAUGGCUACAAUAUUACAAUUCUUGCUUACGGCCAAACUUCAUCUGGAAAAACCUAUACAAUGGGUACAGCCUUUCAUGGCCAUCAAAUUUGUUCUGAAGAUGAAGGAAUUAUACCUAGAUCUAUGGCUCUCUUAUUUGAACUCCUUCAUAAUAAUGAAACCAUUAGACCUAUUUCGCCCACAUCGUCUAUUUCUUCAUCCACGUCUAGUAGUCAUAGUAAACUUUUACGACACAAAGCAACAAAUAAUAAUCGUUCCACUACCACAUCAAAAUCUACAAGAUUUACUGUCAAAGUUUCAUUUAUCGAGAUUUAUAACGAAGAACUUCAUGAUUUACUUAAUUCUGCUCCUCCAGACGAACUACCUCCAAUAACUAUUAGGGAAGAUGCUAAAAAUAGAAUUUAUUGGACAGGUGUAAAGGAAGUUGAAGUGCAUAAUACUGCUGAUGUGAUGUACUACCUUGAGCAAGGCACCCAAAAUAGAGCAACUGGUGCAACCGAUAUGAAUGAAAAAUCAUCUAGGUCGCAUGCUAUUUUUUCAGUUUCAUUAAAACAAGAAAAAUGGGUAGCAAACGAUAUCACCUCAAAUACUAGAAAAAUGGUGAGACCAACAAGUUCUCUUAGUUCAAGUUCAUCCACUCGCUUAAAAUCAUCUCAAGAAGAUGGUGAAUGGAUCAUUACAACUUCUAAAUUUCAUUUUGUUGAUUUAGCCGGAAGUGAAAGAUUGAAACGAACUGCAGCAGAAGGUGAUCGUCGUCGAGAAGGUAUUAAUAUUAAUGCUGGCCUUUUAGCCUUGGGUAAUGUUAUUUCAGCACUUGGCGAUCUAUCCAAAAAAUCUGUUCACAUUCCUUUUCGUGACUCUAAACUCACACGUCUUCUUCAAGAUUCGUUGGGUGGCAAUGCUACAACUCUAAUGAUUGCCUGCGUUAGUCCUCUUGAAUCCAAUUUGCCCGAGACUCUCAAUACUUUACAAUAUGCAAAUCGUGCUCGUAAUAUCAAAAAUCGCUCUGAACGAAAUCAACAAGAAGAAUGGAUGGUUACAGACAAUAUUGAACUUUUACGAUCCUUGAUUAGUAAGCUAAAGACUGAGUUGACAAAUUUAAAAAGGGACUCAUUGUCUAAUAAAGUCACUACUGGGUUUUUGGAAGAGGAGGAAGAAGAAGAUGAUGAUGAGCAACGGCUUAUAUUAAUAUCUGACCUUCAACGACAGAUUGAAGAAUUAGAAGAUCAAGUUACUGUGACACGCGAACGUAAUCGUAUCGUUGAAAAGGAGCUCCAGCGUCUUCGCCUUGUAGAGGCAUCAGCAAAUAAUGUCGAUUUUCAACAUUUAGUAGAGCCUGUAAUCGAAGAAUAUGAAAAGAGUAUUGCUAAAUUAGAAUCUCAACUGGCUUUAACGAAGGCUGCAUUAACACAUUCAAACAUGGGUUAUGAGGAACAACAAGGACGCAUUCUUCAAUUUGAAUCUACACUUCGUCAACAAGAACAAACAAUGAAUACACUUCAAUCAAGACUAUCAAAGGUACUUGAACGUGAACAGAGUAAUGAAGCCUAUAUUCGUGAACUAGAGACUAAACUUUUGAAAUCUGCUCAAGAAACCUCAAAGGAUCAAGAAAUGUUGAAUGAUCUAAAGUUAAGGAUCAUGAAGUUAAAGGAGACAGAUGAAAAUACAGAACAAUAUAUUUUAGGGUUAGAACAACGAUUAGCUACUGGUGAUAAGGAACGAGUUCAACUGGUAGCUUCUAUAGAGGAUUUGGAAGCCAAAAUUGAAAGUAAGGAGCAGUCUAAUCUCGAACUGAUGAAGCGCCUUUCGAAAUCAACAUCGGAGGAAGUAACAGAAAAACUGAUUUUAAAAGAAUUAGAUAAGAUGAAUGCACGAUACAACGAACUUCAACAAGAACGUAACGAACUUCAGAAAAAGGUGGACCAACUUCAACAACAACAAGAAUUGAAGGCACAAGUGGUAGAAGUAGAUAGUUCACUACCUGAAAAAGUUGUUCAUCAACAAGACUUACCAUCUGAAAAAUUCAUAGACUAUGUGGAUGAAACUCAAAAGUUUAAGAAUCGUAAAAGUUUUGCUGAUGAAAAGGAAACGAUAGCUUCAAUAACAGCUCUCAAGUUAAGACAAACUGAGGCAAAUUUAAAAGAAGAAUCCGAACGAGCCAACCGUUUACAACUUACAUUAGAUCGCCUUCAACAUGAUCAUACUGAAACUAUAAAAGAACUUGAUGAGGCCUUACAGCGCUAUCAUGAGUCGUUGGAACAACUGGAGUUCUUAGAGCAACGUACUAAUAGUUCAACAAUGACUCAUGAAGAUGUUCCUGCUGUAUCAAUCGAUUUAAAUAAGGAAAUGAUGCAAGCUAAACAUGAAGCAUAUGAACAAGAAAAACUUAAAUUCUCUGAACAAAUGAUUGAACUCGAGAGCCGUAUCCAUGCUUUAACAGAAGAAAUCAAAGAUAAAGACAAUCAAUUAAGUGUAUCACAAGAUACCAUAAGAAGACUAGAGCAUGACUUGGUAGAUUCACAAAUAGAAAAGAUGCAUGGAAUAGAUUUUUCACAACAGACAGAGGAAUUUUUAUUGAAUCAGGAUAUAACUCAUUCAAAGCUGAUUGAACUUCAAGAAAGCAUGAAGGAAUUGAUGUUUGAUUUAAAUACUAAAGAAAACUAUAUUGCAGAACUUGAAAGAAAUUUAGAGGAAACCAAUAGUCAUGAAGCAUCACUGCAAGUUCAACUAAGCGAGAGCCAACAACAAACCAUGUCACUCCAAAAAAAAUUAGACGAGGCUCUAGCAUCACUUUCUGAUUUAAAAGUAGCUUAUGAUAAAUUUGAGAAGAAAGUUAUUGAAGAAAAAAAGAAUACAGAAAAUGAAAGACACGAUUUAAUUGUAAAACAUAAAGCUGAAUUAGCUAAUAUUCAACAGAGUACAACAUCCAUGUUAACAGAAGAGAUAACCCUUGAUCAACGUGCAAAUAUAGAUGCAUUACAAUCAAUAUGGGAAAAGAGGCAUGAGGACGAUGUCAAGAAGAUGCAAGAUGAUCAUCAAGCUGCAAUACUUGAAUUAAAUAACAAAUUGGAAACUGCUUAUAAUCAAAUAGUUGAAUUACAAAAUGAAUUAAAGGAGUCCAAGCUACUUUAUGAAAAUUAUGUUAUCGAUCAUGAGGUAUCUACGAAUAAGUUGACACAUGAACUUGAAGCAGCCUUCCAACAACAGUUAAAAAAUGAAACCUUAGCACUUCAAACAGAAUUAGAAACUGCAAAGGCUCUUCAUAAGAAGCUAAUAGCUGAUCAUGAAAUAGAAAUAACAGAGAUAUCAUCCAGUUUUGAAACUGCUGUUUGUCAGUUGGAAGACGAAGUAAAAGAAAUUCGACAUGAACUGGAAGUCUCUAAGACAUUACAAAAAGAAAUAGAUUCAAGUCAUAAAGAAAAAAUACAGGCAGCUUUGAUAUCUGAAAAGAAGAAGCUUGAACAAAAGUAUACUCAGGAAUUACAAGAGUAUGAAGCCAAUUAUACCAGUAAAUUAAAAAAACUUCAAGCUGAUUUAGAUACUCUCAAUUUAGAAAACAAGUCAUUAAAGAGUAUGAUUGAUACUGAAAGGGAAGCUUCCAAGGCAAAAUUGGCUGCAGUGCAGUCGAAAGUCAUGUCUAGCCCUCUCCCUUCUCCACCUCAAACUAUCCGUCUUCAGUCAAACAAUAAUAAUGCAUAUGUCGCUGAAAAGAUUGCGUUAUUAGAAUCACAAUUGACUGUUGCAAAGCUUGAGCGAGAACAAUCAUCUCAGAGCCAACAAGAGUCAUCAGGGGCACUUAAAAAGCAGCUUAAAGAUUUAGAGCAAUCUUUAUUAAAAGAGCAACAAAAGAAUGAAUUGUUAACAGCAACUAUAUCCAACUUGGAGGAACAAGGACAGCAAAGCCAAGUGCUAAUUAAUGAAUUAAGAACUCAAUACGAAAAUGAGUUGGAAAAUAGAGAAAAAAUAAAAGUAUUGCAGAGGGAGAAAGGAUCAGAUACUAACAUACCUCUGCAAGAAGAAAAUAAAGACAUCAGUCUUGUUUUGUCAGAACCAAAAAUGGCUGAAAUAGCACAUCAGCUUGAUAUCAAAAAUCAAUGCAUUGAUGAACAGCAAAAUCAAAUAAAUAAAAUAACAAAUGAACUUGAAGAAUCCAAACAGCUUUAUAAUAAUGCUACAGUGCUUUACAAACAACGAGUCGUAGCACUUGAGGCCCAAAUUGAACAAGUGAGUAAUGAAAAUUCAGAAUAUGCCAUUCUUUCAAAAGAAUUAGAAAAGGAAAUUAUUUAUUUGACUGAAGAAAAAGAAAAGCUUGUUGAUACAAUCAACAAUGCUGAUGACAAGGCAGAUAUGGAUAAAAUAAAGACUCUACUUGGAGUAAAAGAUAAUGCUAUUUUACUUAGGAAAAUAGAAGAGUUGAUAGCACAGUCUUUUACAGAAAAUGACCAUCAAUCUUCUCCACUUAGGGAUGCCGGUAAUAACGAAGAAGAAGAUAAAAAUAUCAAGAUUAUCAACGACUUGAAAAUCGAGUUAAAUAAAUAUCAACAAAGACUACAAGAGCUUCAGCAAAAAGAUGCUAUGAUGGCAAAGAAAUUAGAGGAUAUACAAGAACAACAAAAACAAGAGCAUCAAAGACUUACACAAGCUGAGCAAUCCAAGAAAAGAUUGGAAAAACAAGUUGAACACCUCUUAUCGAAGAGAUCAUCGUUCAUUUGCUUCUAAUGUUUUCGCAUAUUAGACUUUCUUGUAAAUAAUUCCAUAAUAAAUAUAAAUGUAUAUUUUUAAUAUUAAGAAA